GAGCAUCAAAUCAUCGUACCAGAGCAAAUCAGAGCAACAAACAUGGUACCUCCGGAGUUUUCCACAGAGCUCUAGAAGCUGCUAUACCUUCAACCUGACGACAGGCGAUAAGUAUCUGAUCAGGGCCAUUUUCUUCCAUGGUGGUUAUGACACAAGACCCUCUACUAAGUUCGAUCUCCACCUCGGGCCUAACAAAUGGGCGACAGUUUCAACCGCCGAGGAGACCAAAUCUGAAACCUUUGAAAUCAUACACAUAUUGGCCACUAGCAGGUUACAAGUCUGUCUCGUCAAAACAGAGGAUUCAACGCCAUUCAUCUCCGCUAUAGAGCUGCGUAAACUCACCAGCAAAGCGUACGCGAACGAGUCGGG